UAUACUGUAGUAACGAGACGGAAAUGUGUGACAUGACUGGCACUAAAGAUGACGCCAAGACCGAGACAUGGACGAACCGGCAUUUUCCGGCUGGGCUGCUGCACAUCCUGUCCAAAUAUGCUGACACCUGUUCACUGACCGGCGUCGUGUUCAUCAAAUCCUCCAAGAGUUUGGGCGUCAAGUUGACGUGGGCGUGUCUUCUGCUGGUGGCGUUGUGUCUCAUGUCAUAUCACCUGUACAGUCUGUCCGCCACGUACCUGGAGUACAAGAAACAAACCAAGAUUGAUCUGACAUUCAGCAACCUCCAGUUCCCCGCCCUGACAAUCUGCAACGCUAAUCCUGUCCGUAUGUCUAUGACCUACAUGGCCAGUGAGGAUUUGAACUCGCUGAUAGACGCAACAGACCCGGCCAAAAUUCUGGAACUGGUUGAAGAAUGGGUACCUCCUGUAAACAGCCCUACUAUGAUACUGGUUAACGGUUCCUGGAUCUCAGCCCCUCCUGUGGAUCCCGGUAACUUUAUAGACAACAUCGACCUGAAGAUCAACAUCACCUUGCCGUGGGGCGACGACAUGUUAGAUGACACGGGGGAUGAAGACACUCAGAAUACACAGGUAACAAUGGGUUUAAUUUGUAUCAUCGAAUCUUCGUAAUUGGGUUUAACUUUUUAUCAUUUAGAUACACGUAUAUAACCUUACAAAGUUAAAUGUAACUGUCUCUAGCUAACCUGUUCUU